AAGCAAAAAAAAAUCCCGAAGGACGAUCAAAGCCAGUGAGUGUUUCCUCUCGACGAGUUACGCCAGUCGUUGGCCACCACGAAUCCGUCGCCAGAAAUAAGUGACUAUUUCGCGCAAACGACAUUCCGGCUGUGAAUCUCGACCGUGGUGAUCCGUGCUGGCAACACUGUAAUGACCAUUGAUGGCACCGCCGGCACCGUGCUGAGUGAAAGCCAUCAAUCUUCAGCGGCGUCAUCAUCGUCAAAACCGGCACUUCUAAUUCAAAUCCAACCGCGGAAUGGUCCGCUCGCGCCCGUAAGCUGCCCCUCGCUGGCAACACUUGCCCCGCCAAAGCCGCGGCCAGCCUACCUGUACUACCCCCGGCCGGAUGAUUCCGGCGAGCUUCCCGUCCCGCUGGUGAGGCAACUCAACUGGAGCUUCUACACCGACUGCCAGGACCAAGAUUAUCCCGAAAGUAGUGGCAGUGUUGCCAGCCGGCGACGGUUGCUGCCCCAGACGGAAGAGGCGCUCCGGUUGCUGCGGGAGAUCGAUAGCAAUAUUGCGGCCGUUGGUCCGGGUGUGGAAUUUGAAGGCGAAAAUGGAUUUCGAGCGCUGUUGGCGGACGAUAAUUGUGGCCGCGGUCACCACCACGGCUUUGCCAAUCGGAACAAUCACCAGCAAGUCGGUGACAUCGGUGCUGCCGCCGCCGAGGCCGCAAACGGCGACGAUAUGUCCUAUUAUUUAAGCAAUGGCCCCCGUUCGCUGUUCUUCAACUCGAGUCUCUCCCCUCCACGAAGCGGUGACGGUGGUGACUCCACCUCCAAAUCGGACACGGAACCACUCCAGCCGGGUGCAACAUCUGGCAACACUGACCCCGCUGCUCCACCACCACCACCAGCGUCCACUUCAAUCCCGUCGACGUCAUCAACGGCAGUUCCAAAGACGACGGCCUCCUCCUCCGUGUACGACUUUGGUAGAAUGUUCAAGCGGCCCACGUACAGCAGUGGAAUCUUGAGCAGCAACCCCGCAACAUCGGCGUCCGGAACCGGAUUGGCCACCGGCCUCGCCAACAGCAAACCAAUCGUGUCCAGUUCGAGCCUCUAUCAGGCACAACCUCCGCGGAUCAUCGGCAGCACAAGUGCACACUUUGGGGCCGGAACCAGCCCGCGACCCUCGGCCGAACCGGAACCGGUUCAGAGUUUGAAGAUCGCGUUCCGGUCGUCGCCGUCGAGCAGUACCGUUACGACGACGCCGACUUCAACGGCGCCCGGAAGUGUCACCCAUCAGGUUGUGACGGCACCGGCGCCGGAAGUCGAAAUGAUGGUCGGAAACAACCACCGGAACGGACCCGGAAGCGGUCCGCAAGUAACAACGAAUCAAGUGACUACGAACGGGAAUAAUUGCAACAGUGACCCAAGUGCCAGUGCAAGUGCAAGGGGAGCGGGUGGGGGAAUGGUUGUUGGUGCCGGUCAGAACCAGAGCCAUCCGAUGGCGUGUGGUGGUGGAGGGCCGGGAGUGCAGUUGACGCUGUACGGUUGGAGGAAGAAAUGCCUUUACACGGUGAUACUGCUGCUGAUGGUGAUGAUAAUCAUCAAUUUGGCGCUGACGCUGUGGAUACUGAAAGUGAUGGAGUUUUCGGCGGACGGAAUGGGCCAGCUGAAGAUAGUGUCCGGCGGGGUUGAACUCCGCGGACAAGCCUUGGUGCUGGACAUGCUGCGAGCGUCCUCGAUACGGUCCCGGCACGGGACCCCCAUCUCAAUUGAAUCAUCGCGCAACUUCAGCGUAAACACCCGGGACGCCGAGGGUUACCUGGAGAACCAGCUGUUUCUCGGCCACGACCGGUUCGAGGUGAUGGCGAAUCACUUCCGGGUCGGAGACACCCACGGAACGCCGCUGUUUGCCGUGGACCGCGACGAGGUCACCAUCGGGGCGAGCUCGUUGCGGGUCGAAGGCGAGGGCGGCGUGAUCUUCAAGGACUCGAUCCAGACGCCCCUGGUGAGGGCGGAAGCCGGGAAGGAUUUGAAGUUAGAAUCCCCGACGCGAUCGCUGGAAGCCCGCGCCACUCAGGAGAUCUUCCUACAAUCGCGCGCCGGAAGCAUCGAAGCCAACUGCCUCAACGAUCUCAAGCUGCACUCCGUGGCCGGAAGUAUCCGGCUGGACGCCAGCACCAUCUUGUUCCCCAACCUGAAAACCGUGCAACCCUCGUCAAGCUCCGGCUCGAUGCGGGAUCACGUCAGCACCGCGAGCAGCUCGGCGUCCGGCUCGCACAGCAAGAUCUACCAGCUGUGCGCCUGCUCCAACGGGAAGCUGUUCCUGGCGCCGGCCCACAGCAUAUGCGCCGCUGACGACAGCGCCAUCUGCAGGUAAUAUUUCUUCACCAUCGAAUCGGCGUCUCUUCCGGGACAGCAGUGGCGGCGCCACCGGCGGACACUAGAACUAGUAGGGUAGGACUCGUAGAUAGCCAUGAAUCGCGGGUGCGCGCGCGGUUGUAAAUAAGUCUCGUGGUGAGCGGAACUCUCCAACGUACUUUAGGGGGACAGAGGUGACGUAGUUAAUGCAUGGCCUACCUAGUUAAUGAUUAUGAAUUUUAACGUUUUGGCACGAAUGAGAAGACGCGAAAAUCUUGAGAGGAUUUUGUCAUGCUUGUGGAAUUCUUUAAAGGUAAUUAUUGAUUUGAUAUUCUCGGUUCUCCUUGUAAGUCAGAAGUAAUUAUUGAAUUUUCUCUCUCAAAUACAUCAAAUUGUCAUCUACUCACUCAUGACAUCUCGACAGAAUAUUUACCGUUUCAGUUUAUGGGCUAUCUAGCUUAGAAAUUCUUAGUAAAGUAAAAUAGAUAAGUUAUUUAGGAAUGUACGUAACUUACGGCAAUCACCAACAAACAACUUAGAAAACAUGCUGGGUUGAUAAACGUUGCUAUGCAGUUGUUUGUUUACCCUUGGUAUGGAAACGUCAACCUAUCGUAUAUUUUGAAAUUUUCCAAUCCAAACGUCAAGUUUCUAAUUUGAUUACUUUUCCAUUGUAGAAGAUCAGAUUCAUUUGAGAUAUCGGUUAUUCGAUUUUUUUUGUAUUAUUCAAUCCGGCUGAAACAUUUUUGGUGCCUUUGGUAUGCCCAAAGAACCAUUUUUUAACUUAAUUUUUGGAUGUAAAAUCGAAUUUGCAAUCAAAAAGUACUUAAGUAUAAUGUUAACAAAGUGCACCGUUUUCAAAAUAUAGCCUUUAUUAGGUAACUUUUUUGAAAAUAGUCGCAGUUAUUCAUUUUUUGAAAUAUGUGCCCAUGUUUGCCCACCCUUGAAAAAAAUAUUUUUGAAAAGCUGAGAAAAUUCUCUAUAUUUUUGCUAUUUUGAAUGUUGUUGAUACGAUCCUUAGUUGCUGAGAUAUUGCCAUGCCAAACAGGCUAAUUGAUGUUUUCUAAGUCUCACCCAAACAACCCACCAUUUUCUAAUGUCGAUAUCUCAGCAACUAAUGGUCCGAUUUUCAAUGUUAAAAUAUAAAACAUUCGUGAAAUUUUCCGAUCUUUUCGAAAGCAAUAUUUUAUUAUUUUUUUAGAUCAAUACAAGCAUUUGAAAAAGGCGCAAUAUUGAAUGUUUAGCCCUUUUGAAAUGUUAGUCUUGAUUUAAAAAAAAUUCGACUAAUUUUUUCUUAAAGUUUUAAUUGGAAAUACAGUUUUUGGAAGUUUCGGAUGUUAAUUUAAAUUUUAAAGUAAUAAAAAUACCCUAUACAAACAAAAUUCGCUACAUCUUCGUGAAAAGAUAAAGUAGUUGUAGUUUGUUGUUUUUGCUACAAAAAUAUUUGAUGAAGAGAUUUUUUGUAGAACAAAUUAUGCAAAGAUUAAAAAAAAGAUGUUUAGGGGUGAACUGCGAUCACUUUUUUUUUACAUUUUAUUUGAUAAUGAGGUCAAACAUAAAACAUUUUUAGUACAAAAGAAUGAGCAAUUCUCUACCAAAACCGGAAAUGGAUUUUAUUUGUAUUUUUUGAUUUGGCUCAAACUUUGCGGGGGCCUUCCCUAUGACCAAAUAAGCUAUUUUGCGUCAUUGGUUCACCCAUACAAGUCUCCAUACAAUUUUGGCAGCUGUCCAUACAAAAAUGGUAUGUAAAUAUGCAAAUAGCUGUAACUUUUGAGUAAAUUUUCUGAUCAAUUUGGUGUCCUCGGCAAAGUUGUAGGUGUUGUUGAGGACUAUUGAGAAAAAAAGGUACACAGAAAAAAACUUUGCACAUUUUUUAAUCAACUGUUUUUUCACUAAAACUCAAUUUCCCAAAAUACGUAUUUUUUGAUUUUCGAGAUUUUUUUAUAUGUUUUAGAGGACAAAAAUCCGUAACUUUUGAGCCAUAGAGAAACAUGGUCAAAAAUUCUGCCGCAGAGUUAUAAAUUUUUAAAAAAAUAGUGUUUUUUUGGAAAAAAUCGAAGUUUUAUGCAACAACAAAUUUGACGUUAUU